AUGGCUAUUGACCACACCACCAUCAUAGUCCCCGAGGACAAAUUUCGAGAGUGCUUAGCAUUAUAUGUGAAAGCGCUUGAGCCACUGGGAUAUCGAGUCGUCUAUGAGUUUGGCGAGAACAUCGUUGGGCUCGGCUCGGAAUUCGACACUGUGGAAAACUACAAAGUUGCUGACUUUUGGCUUUUUGGGGCGAAAGAGUCAACUAAAGCACAUGUUGCAUUCCGCGCCGAAAAUCGUUCUCUGGUGGAUGCAUUUCACGCGGCGGCGAUGCUAAGCGGAGGGCAAGACAAUGGGGCACCGGGCGUGCGAGCGCAUUACCAUGCCAACUAUUACGCUGCUUAUGUGCAUGAUGCGGCAGGUAACAACAUUGAAGUUGUGUGUCAUAAACCAUAA